GACGACACCCAGCGUUGAUUAGUCCCGCAUCACCGCAAAUAUGGGUAUCUCUCGCGACUCUCGUCACAAGCGCUCGGCCACCGGUGCGAAGCGCUCUCAGUACCGCAAGAAGAGAGCCUUCGAGAAGGGCCGUCAACCCGCCAACACCCGUAUCGGCACCAAGCGCAUUCACCUGGUGCGCACCCGCGGCGGUAACCGCAAGUUCCGUGCUCUGCGUCUCGAUGCGGGCAACUUCUCCUGGGGCUCCGAGGGCGUGAGCCGCAAGACCCGUGUGAUCGUGGUCGCCUACCACCCGUCCAACAACGAGCUGGUCCGCACAAACACCCUGACCAAGUCGGCCGUGGUGCAGAUCGACGCCGCCCCCUUCCGCCAAUGGUACGAGGCUCACUACGGCCAGCCCCUGGGCCGCCGCCGCCAGCAGAAGACCGAGACGACCGAGGAGAAGAAGAGCAACAGCGUGGUGAAGAAGCAGGCCGCCCGCUUCGCCGAGCAGGGCAAGGUCGAGUCCGCCAUCGAGCGCCAGUUCGAGUCCGGUCGUCUGUACGCCGUCAUCGCCUCCCGCCCGGGCCAGAGCGGCCGUGUCGACGGCUACAUCCUCGAGGGCGAGGAGCUGGCCUUCUACCAGCGUGCCAUCCGCAAGUAGAAAUUUUACCACUUCUAGUUCCUACGGAGGUUCGGAGUUUAGCAUUUUCGAGAAAAAAAUAACCACGAUGUUCCAAUCUUAGUUCCCUCCUG